AUAAUGUUCCCAUCCGAUGGAAAGCUGGCAUGCAGUAAACCGGGCAAUCAUAUCAUCUGCUGGUAAUUAAAUUUUACGAACGAACGCCCGUCGUGGGUAAUUAAAGAGAGAGAUAGAGAUCGAAUUGGGUGGUCUAGGACAGCUAUAAUCCUAGACCAUCGCCGGCCGGGAAAGAAAAUAUGGCCAAAAUGCCGUUUUUCUUCACGUUGUUUGCCGCAUUCGCCGCCAUGCCGCAGCUGAUAGCAGCGGACGACGACACCGUGUGGGAACAGCGCGCCACCCAAGCGCGGAUAAAUAUUCUCAAAGCUUAUCACCCCAAUCCCGAACAAGUUACUAGGGAAUUCAAUGAAAGAGUUAGCAUGGAAUGGAACGAGACAAUGGGAGAAUUGCAGGUGGCGGAUGGGAUGAGAAGUACUACUACUACUAUAGCUAGUAGUAUAUAUAAUAAUAGUUAUAACAAUGGGACGAAGAGAAGGGAGUUGCGGAAGAGAGGAAAGUGGCGGGGGGGACGAUGCCUGGCGACGAACCCGAUGGACAGGUGCUGGAGAUGCGACCGCAACUGGGCCGCCAACCGGAAGAGGCUGGCAGAUUGCGCCAUGGGCUUCGCCAAGGGAACCACCGGCGGGAAGGCGGGGAGCUACUACGUGGUGACCGACCCGUCCGACAACGACGUUGUGGAGCCCAAGCCCGGCACCCUGCGCCACGCCGUCAUCCAGAAGAGGCCGCUGUGGAUCACCUUCGCCCGGAGCAUGACCAUCAAGCUGGCCCGGGAGCUCAUCAUGCAGAGCGACAAGACCAUCGACGGCCGCGGAGUGUCGGUCCACAUCGCCGGCGGCGCCGGCAUCACCGUCCAGUUCGUCCGGAACGUCAUCAUCCACAACGUCAAGAUCGGCGACAUCGUGCCCACGCCCGGCGGCUGGCUGCGGGACUCCGCGGACCACAAGGGCAUCCGCACCGGGGACGAGGGCGACGGGAUCACCAUCUUCGCCUCCCACCACGUGUGGAUCGACCACGUGUCCAUGUACAACUGCGCCGACGGCAUCAUCGACGCCGUCGCCGGCUCCACCGCCGUCACCAUCUCCAACUCCCACUUCACCGACCACGACAAGGUGCUGCUGUUCGGGGCCAACAACUGGGACCCGGUGGACAAGGUGAUGCAGAUCACCGUCGCCUUCAACCACUUCGGGAAGCGGCUCCACCAGAGGAUGCCCCGCUGCCGGUGGGGCCUCUUCCACAUCGUCAACAACGACUACACCCACUGGGUCAUGUACGCCGUCGGCGGCUCCGCUGGCGCCACCAUCGUCAGCCAGGGCAACCGCUACAUUGCGCAGCCGGGCGUCAACCCCUUCAAGGAGGUCACCCACCGGGACUGCCCCGACGCUUCCUGGAAGUCCUGGACCUGGGUCUCUUCCGGCGACGUUUUCAUGAACGGCGCUUUCUUCACCCAAUCCGGGGACCUUCAAGGGGCGCAAAAGUACGGCCACCGCGACCUCGUCACCGCUCUAUCUGGGAGCACCGUCGGUCUCAUCACCCGAUUUGCCGGUCAUCUUUACUGCUCACCUUCAACACCUUGCUAAUAAACAUAUAUAUAUAUAUAUGCUCCCCAGUCCCCACCUACAUGUAACAUGCUACUCCCCCACUUUUAUUGGUCAACAUCAUAACGUUUAACCAAUAACAUAUUUUAAUAUGAG